GAUGGAAAGACAGAUGUGAAGUCACUCAUGGCGAAGUUUAACGCAGGUAACAGCCCCACAGAGGAUGUUUCUGGUAGCAGUCGACCCUUCAAAAGCCCAGGACAACCUAUCCAUACGGGAUUACAGACAAGGAAAGCAGCACUUGAGAAAUUCACAAGUCAAGGAAAUGCAGCUUCUCCAGGACCCAGUACCCUUCACAAACCUGUUCAUCCUAAGCCUCCUCUGGGGGUCAAGCCUUCAAUUGAUGAUAAAACAGAGAAGAAUCCAAAGCUUCCAUAUUUGAAACCAGUGGCACAAAGGUUUGGGGUUCAGCUUCAGUCAACUAACAGAGAAAAUGAUGGAAAAGCUGGAUGCACUAAAACCCCCACCAAAACCAUUGACUUGGCAAAAGAAGAACCAAAGCCUCUGUAUCCAAAACCUGCAGGAAAUAAGUUCCUUAACUCUGCUCCACAUGGAAAAGAAAAAAGUCCUCUGGGAACAAAACCAAACUCAACUUUUUCACCACAGGAGAGUGAGGCAAAACCAGCAUUUUCAAAGAUAACUGGAGUUAAGGAAAAGUUCAUGUCUGCAAUACAAGAAAAUGAGCCCAAGUCUCCUUUCUUUAAACCUCCUCUUGCACAGAAACCUUCUGUAAACCAUGAUGUCUCCCACAGCGAAGACACUCCUAAUAAAAAUGUUUUUCUGCAAAAAGGACUGUCAGGCCUUAGACCAAAUAUACACUCAUUUAAAACAGCAAAGGAAAUGGAUGAAAAUAGUAACUGUGCUGCAGAAGCUGCAGGCAGUCAUUUUUCUAGCACGCCUCUGAAGCCUACUGGCCACUGGUCCAGCUCAUCUCAAGGCACUCCCAAAAAUGUGGAGGAAAAGACUGAAGAAAAAGGAAUAAGCGUGGCCAAAAACAUCUUUCUCAACAAAAUCACCCAGGAAGAAUCAAUGUCUUCUUUUCCCAAGCUCCACAAGAUGAACACAGCGCUAGCUGCAGGAAGGCCAUUGGGUGGAUCACAAGAGAAAGUGGAUGGGGACAGGAGCUCAGGAACCCCCAAGAGGAAAGCCUUGCCCCCACUGUUCAAGCUGGGCCAGCCCCCACAGAAGCCCAGCAGACCCCCCAGCGUGGACCUGGAGAGGUUCCGAAAGAGCAGCCUCAAAGACAGCCCCAAAAAUGAAGGUUUUAAGCAGAUAGCACCUUCCUCAACAGCACCCUCCCCACCUGUACCUCCACCACACUCUGCUAUGCCAUUGCCACCUCCUCCACCAGCCUCUCACCCAUCCCUGCAGCCCACAGAAGGUCCCAGCCUGCCUCCCAGAAUCAUCAAGCCCAGCUCUGAAACAAUAAGUCCAGAUAAUGAAGAAAAUUACGAUGAUGUUGAAUUUGUUUCACAAGGUAAGAUGCGUCAUGGAAAUACAGAGGGGGGCCAAGAAAGUGAUGGAGAGACGUAUGAAGACAUAAAUGACAUGAGAUCACCAAGGGAAAAAGAGAAGAAGCGGGACAAGGAAGAAAAGAGAAGAAUGGAUCAAGAGAAGAAGGAACAAAAGGAAAAAGAAAAGAAAGAGCAGGAAAUAAGGAAGAAGUUCAAAUUAACAGGACCCAUUCAAGUCCUUCAUCAGGCACGAGCUCGUGUUGACCACAAGGGAGGGAAGAAUGAGUUGACUGUCAAACAGGGGGAUGAGAUUGAAAUCAUUCGCCUCACAGACAACCCAGAAGGAAAGUGGCUGGGCAGGAUAAAAGGAUGUUAUGGAUACAUUAAAACAACCAUGGUGGAAAUUGAUUAUGAUUCUUUAAAAAGAAAGCAACAACCGCCUACUAGAGCUUCUGUGAAACAUUCAGAGAGCGACCAAGAAGUGUAUGAUGAUGUUGGAGAGCAGGACAGUAUUAUCAGUCAAGGUGGUGGUCAAAGUGGAGCUGGAAAGAUGUUCCCACCUCCUCCUUCUGAUCAAGAAAUUUAUGAUGGGAUUGAUGAUGAAGAUGUUAUAACAAGGUCUGUAUCACAGGAUGAAGAUAAGAACGGUAUCUGGUCCUGGGGAAUCUUGAAGAGGCUAAAAGCCAAAAGUGACAAAACGAAAAGUGUACGAGAAAAAACAGCCAAAGUCAAUGGGGCAGAAGAUAAUGGAGAUUUGUUCAUGACUCCUUCAACAAAGCAGUUUGAAAAAGGUUGUGGAGACAAUGAUGUUUAUGAUGACGUAGAUUCUUCAGAUUUCCCUCUGCCACCGCCUGAAAUCAAUUCGCCAAAAUCAGCAAGCCUUGGAAAAUGUAAAUCAGAUGAAAAAGAUGCACAAAAGCUUAAAAAGAUGGAAAGAGAAGAGAAAGAGUUCAGAAAAAAGUUCAAAUUUGAAGGUGAAAUUAAAGUUCUUUACUCUACCACUGCAGUCCAGGAUUUACCCCAAAGAAGAUGGGGAUCUAAAGACUUACAAGUUAAACCAGGGGAGUCUCUUGAAAUUAUAGAAAGUACAGAUGAUACCAAGGUCUUGUGCAGGAAUGAAGAAGGAAAAUAUGGCUAUGUUCUGAGAAGCAAUUUAGUUGAAAAUGAUGGAGAGAUUUACGAUGAUAUUGGUGAUGAUUGCAUCUACGAUAAUGACUGA